AUAAUCCUAUUUCAACGCAAGUAUUUACACGCAAAGGACUUAAACGAUGCCCUCAUAGAUAUGCACCAAAACAAACGUUUCGGGAAAUUAGUGUUUUAUUUGGAAGCCUGCGAAUCAGUUAAAGAGCGAGAAAAAAUGCGAGUAAAUAUGCACGUGGUAUCUGACAGAGAUGUGCCCGUUUAUAUGCUACAAGCUAAUAUUAAAAACGCCAAUAAUGAUGCUGACAGACAAAGAUAUACUGAGGAAUUGAAGAGUUUGUUAAAUGAAAGACAAUCUGUUGACAAACAUAUGACUGAUUACGUGAAUAGUAUUCAACACUUACUGACAGUCGAUAGCAAUGCUAUUCUAAACACUAAACAAGAGCUCAAUAAUAGGGAAUGUUAUCGAAAAUUUGUAGAUAAUUCUCACGAUAACUGUUUUAAUAUGAAUCAAAAUCCAUACGUUUUGGGAAAACUGUAUAUAUUUGUGAAUAUAUGCGAAGAAAUGCGUGAAUCGAGUGAUGCGGACAUCAAUGCUGUCAACCAAUUGCUGAUACAAUACUGUCAACAAAACGUUGAUAACAAAUACUCACAGAUUAUUGAAUAA